AUGUGGGCGCGUCGGCUUGUGGGGAGCGCAGGCGCUGCGCCGCGCCUCGCGCACACGCACGCACGCGCGCCGGCCGUGCCGCUGCGCUUGCUGCGUGCCGGCUUUGCGGCGCGCGACUUGGAGCAGGUGUGGGACGCCUGGAAGACGAUGCAGACGCAGGGCGAGCUGCACAAAAUGCGGCGCAACGACGACGCAGACCUCCUCGCGCUCGUGCGUGCGAACCUCGCGGUACUUGCGCCGCGCUCGAGCGGCGACGCGGUCCAGUUUCCGCUGCGCGACACGCGCGCCGAGGCGUGGCGAGCGAGGUGCGAAGAAUGGGGCUUGCACGCGGCGCGGCGCGCCGACAUCCUUGGCGUGCAGGGCUGGAUGAAGGUCGAGCUGCUGUGCGGCGAUGCGCCGCGGGCUAUUGCGCUCUUCCACGCGUACCUUGCCGAGCGGCGGCGUGCAAAAGGGGACGAGCUCGUGUACCUCGACGCGGACUUGCGCCGCCGCCGCCAGAUCCACGACCUGCUCGAGCUGGUCGUUUUGUGCUACGCACAUACCAAUGACCUGCACAGCAUGGUGCAGGUGUUUCAGUCGUUCGAGGUCGGGACGCACACCGAGCUCUUCUUUGACUAUGGGCACUGCCGGCGCCAGUUUGCCAAGUUUCCCUGGACCGGCGUCGUGCAGAAGGACAAUCCGGCGCUCGAGGCCGUGCAGCAGCGUGCCCUCGACUGGGUCUCGCACGCAGAGCUCGCGCGCGGCCUGCACGGUGGCUCGGGCGCGGGCGGAGGGCACAACCGCAUCGCACGGCUCCUCGGCUCGACCCUUACGCGCGGCGACCUUGUCGCGUUCUGGCGCCUGUUUUGCGCUGCGAUGCAGGCGGGCGUACUGGGCGACACGCCGACCCCGUGGCUCGUCCAAGCGCAGCUUCCUGCUGAGAAUGCGCUCCCGGCGUGGACGGAUAGCUGCUGGACGGUGUGCGUGAGCGGCUUGCUGGCCGCAAGGCGCACCGACCUCGCGACCCAGGUCUGGGCCGCACUCAUUGUCGUGCAGGACGCGAUGAAAAAGGCCGGGCACACACAGUGGCCGCCGCUCGCUCUGUGGAACGCGAUCCUCGACGGGUACUCGCGCGGCGGCGACUAUGCCGCCGUGCAGGCGACGUGGCGCGUGCUCACGCACGCCGACGCGAGCACGCGCGACGUGCCCCUCGCGCAGCACGUCGCCAAGACGCUCGCGCGCCCGGCGGGCCUUGCGCCGGACCUGCUGUGCUAUACCACGAUGAUCGCCGCAUCCUUCCGCAAGCACCGUGUCGACACGGCGCUCGACCUGUUCCGGCGCCUGCAGGCGCUCCAGGCGAGUGGCCAGCUCGCGAUUCCCGUCGAGACGUACAAUGCCGUGGUGCAUGGCCUGUGUGUCUCGAGCCGCAUGGACGAUGCCCAGGCGCUCGUCCAGGCGAUGGGGUCCGGCAGCGUGCCCGCGCCGACGAUCACCACGCUCAACGUGCUGCUACGCUCCCAGGCGCGCGUGCGCAACCUUGGCGCGAUGGCCGAGACGCUGCGCCGCAUCCCUGCGCUCGGCCUGCGGCCGGACGUGAUCACCUUUACCACGGUCCUCGACGCGCUGCUGCGGGCAGCCGACACGCCCGAGCGCGCCGAGGCCGCCGUGCAGCAGGUCAUGCAGAUCAUGGACUCGCUCCAGGUCCAGCCGAACUCUGUGACCUUUACGGCCAUGAUCAAGGCAUGUCUGCACACGCGCACCGACGAGGAGACCGCGCCGCGUCUCCAAGUGGCCCUCCAGCUUCUGCAUACCAUGUGCACGACGAAGCUCGCGCCGAAUCUGGUGACCUAUGCGACGCUUCUCCCGGGCGUGCUCGAGCACGGCGCGCACCUCGCGGCGCUCGCGGCGCAGGACAAGAUUCCGGCGCUCUUUCGGCGCGCGCCGCUUGGCAUCGCCGCCGCGGCGCUCGAGCGUGACCUUCCGUUCGACAAGGCCAAUGCUGGCGUGCGUAUGGCGCUCGUGCUAUGGGAUCUGAUGCGUACCGCCAGCAUCACGCCCUCGAUGGAGCUCUACCAUGUCCUCCUCCCCCACCUGCUUGACGCGCGCAGCCCUACCGCGUUUGCGAUCGGCACACGCCUCGCCGACGAGCUCCUGCAUGCCAAUGGCACGCUCGCCCCUGAGGCCGCGACCGCCGAGGCCACCGCCCCCGCGCCUUCCCCUGCCUCCUGGGCACUGGUCCUCGGGGGACUCGCCGCAUGGUAA